AUGAGUCUUAUAAACUCGGAUUCGGAGAACCGCGUGGUCCUGAAUGUAGGCGGAAUCCGGCACGAAACGUACAAGGCGACCCUGAAGAAGAUCCCCGCGACGAGACUAUCGAAGUUGACCGAGGCUCUCGGGAACUACGACCCCAUCUUAAACGAGUACUUCUUCGACAGACAUCCGGGGGUCUUCGCCCAGGUCCUCAAUUACUAUCGUACCGGAAAGCUCCACUAUCCAACGGAUGUUUGCGGACCGCUGUUCGAGGAGGAGCUCAAUUUCUGGGGCCUCGACUCCAAUCAGGUGGAGCCAUGUUGCUGGAUGACCUACACCCAGCAUCGGGACACGCAGGAAACGCUGACAGUCCUCGACAGGUUGGACCUUGAUACCGAGAAGCCGACCGAUGAGGAGCUGGCGAGGAAGUUCGGCUUCGAGGAGGCAUAUUACGAGGGCACGCUCACCUGGUGGCAGAAGCUCAAACCUCAAAUGUGGUCGCUGUUCGAUGAACCCUACUCCUCUUCCGCAGCAAAGGUAAUCAGCAUAAUCUCAGUCCUCUUCAUCUGCAUCUCGAUCGUCUCUUUCUGCCUGAAGACGCAUCCGGACAUGCGAGUGCCAGUAAUCGUGAACCGGACGGUGAACACAGGCAACACGACUUCCUGGGCAGUGGACAAAACGCACACGAACGCUCACGACUUCUUUUUCUACAUCGAGUGCAUGUGCAACGCCUGGUUUACUAUCGAGUUCCUAAUACGCAUUACUGCGAGCCCAAACCGGUGCGUCUUCAUCAAGAGCUGGGUGAACCUGAUCGACAUGGUGGCAACGCUGAGCUUCUAUCUCGAUCUGGCGCUCCAACGGUUCGCCUCCCACCUGGAGAACGCGGACAUCCUCGAGUUCUUGAGCAUCAUACGUAUCAUGAGACUGUUCAAGCUGACCCGCCACUCGUCUGGCCUAAAGAUCCUGAUACAAACGUUCCGCGCCUCGGCGAAGGAGCUAACUCUCUUGGUCUUCUUUCUGGUCCUUGGAAUCGUGAUCUUCGCCAGCCUGGUCUACUACGCUGAACGCACGCAGUACAACCCGAAGAACGACUUCAAGAGCAUACCGCUAGGACUGUGGUGGGCCUUGGUCACGAUGACCACCGUCGGUUACGGGGACAUGGUGCCGAAAACCUACAUCGGGAUGUUCAUCGGCGCGCUAUGCGCCCUGGCCGGUGUACUCACGAUCGCCCUGCCGGUGCCCGUGAUCGUCAGCAACUUUGCGAUGUAUUACAGUCACACGCAGGCGCGAGCCAAGCUACCGAAGAAAAGACGCCGCGUACUACCGGUCGAGCCGACGAGAGUGAGGCCAACCGGCGCGCCGAGCAUGGCCGGUGGACCAGGAACCGCGGGUUCAUCCGGAUGCCCGCUAUCCCAAAUGCCGCCGGGUGGCCCGGGUGAACAUGGCGGGGUCGGUUUAUCGUCCGGCCUCGGCGCGACGCAAGGAGUUGGCUGCCCCGGAGGCCAGAGGCCACAGAAUCGACGGAUGAACGCCAUCAAGACCAAUCAUCCCAAAGAUGUUUCGUUCGCCACGAAAGCUGGUUCCAGAGGAGGACCGGAGGAACUCUAACCUGCGGACUAACGGGACCAAGACAGCCGGAGGUUUGGGUUAAGCUGGAACCAAGACUACUCUCCACUGCCGAGGUGCAUUCGACCGGGGCGUCGCGUCGGUACGACCAAGUCGAAAUGGGAUACGGUGAGAGAAUCGGGGACCGGAGGGGAAAAAUUGCCGGAGGAGCAAGCUGAAGACGGGUAUCAAGAUUGCACGGUCUAUAAGGGAAUAUUAGAUCGCUGCGGAUGAAAUGUCGGAUUUUUACCGCGACGAGUCGCGUCGCUUUUUACGGUGACGACGUCACGGGAAUUAUUAGAACUGUUUUUUCUUUCUUCCGUUCUUUCCUUCCUUUUCAAACGGACGGGUACUCGCAGCAUGAACAAAUUUCUGUCAUGAGACCCGCUCGCGUAAAUGGAGUACCCUCAAAAGUUUCUCCACCCAGCAGAAAAGGAGACGUCCGAAAAUCUAACGGAGUUAUUUCUGUUUGAAACUUAAGCAGCUUUUAUCUUUAGUCUUUGAAAGUCGACAGAGGUUGUGUGUUUUUUUGUAAUUGUUGAUUGACAACUGAAUUUUCUCUGGAAAUAGUGGAAGUGUUCAUAAGUUUUUGAAGAAAAUGAAAGGCUGAUUGAUUCAGCUUUAAUUUCUAGAACGGCGCAGUUCUCGAACGAACUGUGACGUUUUUAUUUGUCGAAUUUUGUUUAUACGUAUCUUUAAGUAAAAUGGAAUUGGAGUUUUGUUUGACGAGUGGAUUUUCGAUAGCUGUUCUAACAAUUUAGUCCAGUUGUUCUUUGAAUAGGUGAAAACAAUAAAAUAAACGAUGUACAUAUUACUCAAUUUGGGUAACACAAGAAUUUUUGAUAUACAUUGUAUUCGUUAAAGCAAAUGGACUUUAUCAGCUUUAACAGUACAUUUCACAUCAUAAAAAGAUAAAAUUUCCCGUGCUCCAAGCUGCCUGGUACUAAAAAGCUCUACAUUUCGGUUUUCUCGUGUCUAAAGAUAAGAGACGCGAGAAAGUUCAAGAUAACGGGACUCGGAUAUUUUCGUAGAAGAUUGCAAACUUAUCACGAAGAAAAUAUAAGAAAAGGAGUUCGCGUGUCCUCCGACGAGGAAAAACUACGGUAACCAAGCGUAUACCAUGUAUAAUUCAUAUCAUAAAUAUAAUAGACGCGGGACAAGGAAGUCCAUGCACCGUAAAAUAACCGUAAUCUCCUUAACACUAGAACUACCGAACGUUUAAUAUAAUUGUAAAAAUGUCCUUAUAAAAAUUGUGGCAAUAGAUUUUUUUCGCUUUCCUGGUGUAUUCAUUGUAGUACUAAAAUGAAAGUAUAUCUUUUCCAAAUCAUUUCGAAUGUUCAACACUAGGUUUACAAAACCCAUCAAUUCGACGCACACUGAAUUUUAUAAACAUUAUUUGUCAAACGUUUACGUCGAUUUUUCUUGAUGCAAUUACACGAAUACAUAUCUCGAUCAUCUAUUUUUAAACUAAUUUCCGAGAUCUAAACAAACAUGAAUUGUUCCAGGAACUAUAGAAUAAACUGUACACCAAAUAUCCGUAAGCCUAGUGUUAACCCUUUCAAGAUACCAAUAAUUACGAAACAAGAAAACUGAAAACUGAGUGCAGUAGUUCUAGUGUUGAGUCGCUGGAAACAUCCCGGCAGCCUGGCUAGCAGGGAAAAUGGCGUAGAAAAUGAGAAGCAAUUAGCGGUACCGAUUAACCGAAGCUCUUAAUUAAAUCAGUUCCGUUCGGGCCCGCCAGCCGUUCGAAAGGAAGGAAAAAAGUUUCACGUACCUAUAAUUCCCGGAGAACCGGGGAUUCGAUCAGAUCGACGAAGAAGCAUGACGAAGCGUGCGCAAAAUGUCCGACAUUUCGCGUGCAUCGGUCGAACGACGUUUCAAUUGAUUCCCCGCGUUUCAGCGUUCAGGUGUAUCAGCGUUUCGGUUCAUUUUUAUCGUUUUCUUCCGUUCAUCUCCUAAGGCCGCGUGUUCCCGUGACUGGUCUAAUACCCUCGAUUCCUUCGACGGUUGUUCCCAAACUCGCCUUUCUCCCGAUAAACACGAUCCGUUCACCCGCUAUGUUCGCCGGAAACACCAGAAAGCAUGCCUGACUCAGUUUCUACUUAUAUACAAUACGUUCGACGCCAUAGAUUCGUGCCACGCGGGAAAAACAUAACCGUCCUCGCGCUCGGCACACUUCCCGUCCUCGAGCAACGUAACGGUGCGUGUUAGAUGGGACUCGCGCUCGAUAUCAAGUAUUUUGGCAGAUCAGAAAUAGUUCGCCGCCUGUGAUUGAUGCCGUACAUUCGUAGGGGGUUUUGUUGUUUACGUAUGUUACGGUGAAUGACCGAAGCGAAACGGAUAUCGGCGGUCACUGGUGAAUCGUGAUACAUGCAAGAAGAUACAUACUUGUUAUAAGGACUUACUGGGAACCAAGGUGAAUGUCCGAAGAAUUAAUAAUAUUUUUAUUAACACUUUACUUACCUUGCUGGGAUGAAAACACGUUGCUAAUACCGGUAACGUGUUACUUUGAUUCAUUGUAGAAGGGAAUAAUUUCAAAAUAUUUGCCAUGAUUACUAAUGCGAUUGCCAAUAUGUGAACAAGAACAUAAUUUGUACGAUGUUAGUUCACGCUAUAAGCACUAAUUUCGAAACAUUCCGGUCGAUACGUGUUGGCAUUGAAAAUCCGAUUUUUCGGAUCCCAGUCGGUAAUGUGUCAAAAUUCAAAACUUACAAAGAUCGAAUUUUCAUAUAUUGUAUAUUCUGUUAUUAUACUAUAUAUUAUAACAUUUGAAUUUUUGUAUUCAUCAUUAGGCAUUGGUGAAUUUCAGAUUUUAUAGGGUUUGUAUUAAUCAGGAAUUAAAUAAAACUGGUUGUUAUGAGAUACAUUUAAUGUUAUUAAAUAUCAUAUAAUUAUAUUUAACGAAAUAUAUUAUUCGUCACGUAUAUGGUUUAUCAUUAAUCAUAUAUGAAGGCGGUCGUGGUUUGAAUUAAAUUACAACUGAAUGUUGUAUUGUAAAUAUUUGAUUGUAAUAAAAUAGUAUUUAUUUUUCGGACAUUGUCAACGUUUCGAUUUUGGGUAUUUGGUAAUUUCAAACUUUCGCCAUAACAUAUAUAGUAAAUUAAUUAUGUUACUGUAUACGUAUAUUACAAUGCGUUUCGUAUUUUUAUUAUUACUGUGGAUCUUUAUUCAUUUAUAACGUGUGUAAAUUUGUAAAAUGUAUGAAAACGUUUAUAUCGACAAAGAUUAUUAACCCUUUUACGUUAUUUUUUGUAAUAAAUCUUUCAAUCUGCGGUAUCAAUUUUUCCGUUGUUUUGAUUUCUACGAAAUGAUCUACAAGAAUAGAAAUUUGCAUAAAGAUCCGCGUCCUUGGUAGAACAAACACAUAGUACUUUCUACCCUAUAAUUUCAAUGUCAGGAACUGGUAGCGUGAUCGCAGAUUUAUAUUCUUGCCAUUAAGCUACCAUAUUCCUCAUUAGGGAAUCACGCAAAUUUAAUGCGAUUUCUUUUUUUCGUUCUGAUAUUUCUCAUGUUUUCCUUAAAUUUACAUAGUACCUACAGAAUACAAAAGUUGAACAACGAUUUGAGAAUACUUUUUAUCAUGUCAUUUAGUAAUUUUCC